AUGGAAGCGGCUAUUGAAGCACUGGAGGCAACCAUGGAGGACAUGGAGGCGGCCGUAAAGGACGUGGAGAUAUUCCUUGAUGACGCGGAACAACACGAGGAUUCAAACUCUGAGAUGAUAGAAAUGGCGAUGGAGUGCAUGGAGUUAGCCAUGGAAGUGAUCGAGGCCAUAGAAGGGGAGGCUACGGGGGGCGCCCAAAAGUGCACCAGUCGGAUAUUUGAAAUAUCCGGAUAA